AUGGGGGCAGGAAGACAGGUCAGACUCCUGCUGUGGAAAAACUGGACUAUCCGCAGGAGGCAGAGGAUGCGUUUCUUCAUGGAGAUCAUGUGGCCUGUUAUGCUGUGCAUGGGACUGGUGUGGCUUAGACGAGUGAAUCCGCUUUAUCGUCAACAUGAAUGCCACUUCCCCAACAAGGCCAUGCCGUCUUCAGGGGUCCUGCCAUGGAUUCAAGGAAUCUUCUGUAAUGCCAACAACCCUUGUUUUCAAGACCCUACCCGUGGUGAAUCUCCUGGAGUGGUCUCCAACUACAACAACUCCAUAUUUGCUCGGUUCUACACGGAUGCCCAGGAGCUUCUUUUUAGCGACCCAGAGUUCCUGCAGCUAGGUCGCCUCUGGGGGGAACUGAAUGCUAUGAGUAACUUCAUGGACACCCUGCGCACACAUCCAGAACACAUUUCAGGCCGAGGAAUAAAGGUGGAGGCUAUCCUAAAGGACGAUGAGCUGCUGACAUCAUUCCUGCUGAGAGACAUUCCUCUGACACAGGCUGUGGUGUAUCAACUAGUAAAUGCCCAAAUCAGGCCUGAACAGUUUGCCUCUGGGGUUCCAGACUUGCAUUUAAAGGAUAUUGCAUGCAGUCUGAACCUGCUGGAGAGAUUCCUCAUCUUCCCCAGCAAAAGAGGACUCCACUCUGUUCGCAACGCCAUGUGCAUCCUUACUCCUCAACGGCUACAGAUCAUUGAGGACAAAUUAUACGCAAAUGUCGACUUUUUCAAGCUCUUUCGGACGCUUCCUAUGGUGCUGGACUAUCACUCAAAGGGCAUUGAAAUUCAGCUCUGGGUACAGGUCGUCUCCGCUGUCUCGGAAAAACUGCGAGAGUUGUCCCAGAGGAGUAGCUCCAGGGAGCUUCUUCAGGUCAUGACUCCUCUCUUCCAGAACAAUCUGUCUUUCAGGCAGGCGAUGGCUGCUGCCUCCAGCCUGGUAUGUGGCUACAGUGAAGGUGCUUUCUCCCGCGUUACCUCCUUUAAUUGGUAUGAGGACAAUAACUACAAAGCCUUCCUAGGCAUUGGCAGCGGCAAAUCACGGAGCCACUACACAUACGACAACAGCACCACUCCUUUCUGCAAUGAACUGAUGGAAGAACUGGAGUCCAACCCUGUCACCAGGAUUGUGUGGAACUCUGUGAAGCCCAUGCUGAUGGGACAGAUCCUCUAUGCACCCGAUUCGCCGGCUGUCAGGCAGAUCAUAACAAAUGCAAACACUACAUUUGAGGAGCUGGAGCGGCUGAGGACGAUGGGGAAGGCAUGGGAGGAAGUGGCUCCUCAGAUCUGGGCUUUUUUCCAAGAUGGCGUCCAAGUCAAGAUGAUCCGGGACACCAUCAACAAUCCAUCAGUGAUGGAUUUCAUUGACAGGAGUCUAGAGGAGUCUCCGCUCUCCUCCAAACACAUCCUCAACUUCCUGUACAACGGUCCACCUGAGGACCGUCCAGCUGACGUCCCUGGAUUUGACUGGCGUGACAUCUUCAACAUCACUGACCGGGUCAUUCAGAUGCUAAACCAACAUGGUGAUUGUGUACUGCUAGAUAAGUUUGUGGCUGUGUCUGAUGAGAACACCAUCACUCAUCGAGCCUUGGACCUGUUAAAGGACAACAAGUUCUGGGCAGGCCUCGUCUUCGUUAAUAUGCACUCUUGGACCACCGAUGUCCCACCUCAUGUUAAGUUCAAGAUUCGGAUGGAUAUUGAUGCAGUGGAGCGUACCAAUAAGGUCAAAGACAGGUAUUGGGACCCGGGCCCCAGAGCUGAUCCUAUGGAUGACUUUCGCUAUGUUUGGGGAGGCUUUGCUUAUCUUCAGGACAUCAUAGAGCACGGGAUCAUCAAGACUCAGACAGGAAAGGAGUGGCCAAUGGGUAUUUACCUACAGCAGAUGCCCUACCCUUGUUAUGUGGAUGACCUCUUCAUGCUCGCAUUGAACCGCUGUUUCCCAAUCUUCAUGGUACUGGCCUGGGUCUACUCUGUGUCCAUGAUUGUCAAGAGUAUUGUCCUGGAGAAGGAACUGCGCCUGAAGGAGACCAUGAAGGCCAUGGGGGUCACUAAUGGAGUCAUCUGGUCCACUUGGUUUAUUGACAGCUUCCUCAUGAUGGGCAUUAGCACGGCGCUCCUAACCGCCAUCAUCAUGGGAGGAAGGGUCCUGAACUACAGCAACGGCAUCAUCCUUUUCCUUUUUUUGCUCAGCUUUACUAUGGCUACCAUCAUGCAAUGCUUCCUCCUCAGCGUCUUCUUCAACCAGGCCAACCUAGCAGCAGCCUGCUGUGGGAUCGUUUACUUUACCCUUUACCUCCCGCACAUCUUCUGCUUCGCAUGGCAAGACCGCAUCACAAAGGAUAUGAAGCUGUUGCUGAGUCUGCUGUCCCAAGUGGCGUUUGGCUUUGGAACAGAGUACCUGUCGCGAUAUGAGGAGCAGGGCCUGGGUCUGCAGUGGGACAACAUCCGAACCAGCCCUUUGGAAGGGGAUGAGUUCUCCUUUCUUACUUCCAUCAGUAUGAUGGUCCUGGACACUGUGCUUUAUGCUGUGUUGGCCUGGUACCUGGACAAUGUCUUCCCUGGCCAGUAUGGAAUUAGUCGUCCGUUUUACUUCCCCUUCCUGCGCUGUUAUUGGUUUAACAGUGUGUCGCCGGAUUUAGGUGACGAAAAACUACAUUUGGAUAAAAAAUGCUCUGAUAGCAUGGCCAACAAAGAGCAAGGAGAGCUGCAGAAGCAAGAGGAAAAUGAAAACCAAAAUCAAGAGGAGGAGAAGACUCAGGAGGAGACGGCUUCAUGUGAACACCAGGAGAACCAGGCUGAGGCAGAGGAGAACCAGGAGAAAGAAGGUCAGUCAUUCUUUGAAGCAGAGCCAGCUGACCUGGUGAAGGGUGUUUGUAUUCAGGACCUGGUCAAGGUGUUCAGUGGUAACCCUACGCCAGCAGUGGAUGGACUUAGCAUCAGCUUUUAUGAGAGCCAGAUUACUGCCUUUCUGGGACAGAAUGGGGCUGGGAAGACCACCACCAUGUCUAUCUUGACUGGUAUGUUCCCUCCCACCUCAGGGACAGCCACCAUCUACAACAAGGACAUCCGCACAGACAUGGACACCAUCCGCCUGUCUCUGGGAAUGUGCCCUCAACACAACAUUCUUUUUCAGCAUAUGACUGUAGCGGAACAUAUCCUCUUCUACUCGCAAUUGAAAGGCCGUUCAAUAGCAGAGGCCGAGCAGGAGGUGGAGAACAUGCUGCAGGAUCUGGGUCUUCCACACAAGAGAAAUGAACUGACCCAGAACCUCUCAGGUGGAAUGCAGAGGAAGUUAUCAGUAGCUUUGGCGUUUGUUGGUGGGGCCAAGGUGGUGAUCCUGGAUGAGCCCACUUCCGGGGUAGACCCCUACUCCAGACGCUCCAUUUGGGACCUGCUGCUCAAAUAUCGUGCAGGACGCACAGUGAUCAUGUCCACACACCACAUGGACGAGGCGGACCUGCUGAGUGACAGGGUGGCGAUCAUCUCUCAGGGCCGCCUCUGCUGCUCCGGUUCCCCUAUCUUCCUCAAGAACUGUUUUGGCGCAGGUUUCUACCUCACUCUUGUAAGAAAAAUGAAACAUGAUACCAAAAAGGCCAGCUGUCACUUAACAGAGGAUUGCUCCUGUUGCUGUUCAAUGUGUUCAAAGUUUAAAGUGGACCAGGAGGAGAUUCAGACUUCAGACAGACAGCUGGAUGGUAACAUGGAAAGCAUCACAGCCCUGAUCAAGCAUCACGUGCCCCAGGCUCGGCUCAUCGAGGCCAUUGGCCAGGAGCUGACCUACCUGCUGCCAAACCAAAACUUCCAGCACAGAGCGUACGCCAGCUUGUUCAGAGAGCUGGAGGAAACCCUGGUGGACAGCGGCCUGAGCAGCUUUGGGGUCUCCGACACAUCGCUCGAGGAGAUCUUCCUAAAGGUCACUGCUAGUGGGACCAACAGGAAAUGUAUUCCAGACAAGAAAUCAUUGCAACAGAUCUGUCGUAGACUCUGUGGAUUCAACAGAGUGGCAGUUGAUAUGGAACCACCGAAAGAUUCAGAUGGGCCUUUGAAAACCAAUGGCCGGGGCCCAUGUGAUGUCUCGGACGGCACUGCAGGCCGGGGGUCCUACCAGGUCAGAGGGGUGCGUCUCACAAUCAAACAGUUCUUCGCACUGCUGAUCAAGAGAUUGCAUCAUGCAACGCGAUCUUACAAAGACUUCUUCGCCCAGAUUGUGCUGCCAGCCAGUUUUGUUUUUGUGGCCCUGACGUUCACUCUGAUCGUUCCACCUUUCGGAGAGUAUCCAAGUCUGACCCUCAGUCCCUGGAUGUAUGGGAGACAGUACACCUUCUUCCGCAAUGAGCGUCCUAUGGAUGCUCAGAUGAGAUACUUUGGUGAGGUGCUGUUGAACAAGCCUGGCUUUGGGACACGUUGCAUGGUGGAUGAGCCACUUGAAGAUUUCCCAUGUCACAACAUCACUACAGAGUGGGAGAUGCCCCUGAUUAACCCCGUCCUGAUAGAAAUGCUGGCCGGCCCAGAAUGGACCUCCCUCAGACCGUCUCCCGACUGUCAGUGCAGCACUCCCAGUAAACUCACCAUGCUCCCUGUGUGUCCUGCUGGAGCUGGAGGCCUGCCACCUCCACAGAGGAUCCAGUCAACAGGUGAUGUUCUCAUGGACCUAACAGGCAGGAGCAUCUCUGACUACCUGGUGAAGACCUACCCCAGCCUCAUCAGAACCAGCUUGAAGAGCAAAUAUUGGGUGAAUGAACAAAGGUAUGGAGGUAUAUCAGUGGGAGGGCAGCUUCCUCUUUUAGAGCUGCAGCCAAAGACCAUCAGGGAUGUAGCAGCACAGAUGGGACGACUGCUCAAUGUCACUGGGGGAAAAUACUCCAAGCAAACGCUAAAGGACAUAGGAACCUUCCUCAAAUUUAUGGAAACUCAAAACAAUGUCAAGGUGUGGUACAACAAUAAAGGCUGGCAUGCCAUGGUUUCCUUUAUGAAUGUGGCUAACAACGCCAUCCUUCGUGCAAACCUGCCGAAAGGAGCUAACCUGGAUACAUAUGGAAUCACUGCCAUCAACCACCCUCUGAACCUCACCAAAGAACAGCUGUCUGAGAUCACUGUCCUGACCACCUCAGUGGAUGCAGUGGUGGCCAUUUGUGUCAUCUUUGCCAUGUCCUUCGUUCCUGCCAGCUUCGUGCUCUAUUUAAUCCAGGAGAGGGUUACCCAGGCCAAACACCUGCAGUUUGUCAGUGGUGUCAGUCCAUUGGUGUACUGGAUGGCCAACUUCCUCUGGGACAUGUUGAAUUACUCCAUUAGUGCAGCGUUGGUGGUUGAAAUAUUCAUAUUUUUUGAUAAGAAGUGCUACACCUCACCAACCAACAUCCAGCCACUUAUUUCCUUGCUUAUGCUGUAUGGCUGGUCUGUGACGCCCAUGAUGUACCCCAUGUCUUUUGCAUUCAGCGUCCCCAGCACAGCAUACGUCUCUUUGUCAUGUAUCAACCUCUUCAUUGGAAUCAACAGCAGUGCCAUCACCUUCAUCCUGGACCUCUUUGAGGGCACCUCAGCCUUGUACAGGUUCAACCAGAUGUUAAAGACUGUGCUGCUCAUCUUCCCACAUUACUGCCUGGGCCGAGGUCUCAUAGACAUGGCCAUGAACCAGGCUGUGACUGAUAUCUACGCUCGCUUUGGUGAGGACUACAGUCCGGACCCCUAUAACUGGGACUUCUUGGGGAAGAACCUUUUCUGCAUGGCUGUUGAAGGAUUUCUAUAUUUCAUCUUGAACCUUCUGUUUCAGUAUCGCUUCUGCCUGGAUCACUGGAUGUCAGAUUGCACCAGGCCUCCUAUUGUGGAUGAAGAUUUAGACGUGGCAGAGGAACGAGAUCGACUCUAUAAGUGUGAAAAAACAAAUGACAUCUUAUGCGUACGGGACCUGUCCAAGACAUACACAGGAGCAAUCAUCCCUGCAGUGGAUCGAAUCUGUGUCGCAGUGUCACCUGGACAGUGCUUUGGUCUACUUGGGGUAAAUGGAGCAGGGAAAACAACAACCUUUAAAAUGUUAACUGGAGACAUUGAUGUCACCUCAGGGAAGGCCUCAGUUGCUGGUCACAGCAUUCUGACCAACAUCCUGGAUGUCCACCAGAACAUGGGGUACUGCCCACAGUUUGAUGCCAUAGAUGAGCUGCUAACAGGCAGAGAACAUCUCCACCUCUACGCUCGCCUGCGUGGAGUUCCAGAGUCUGAGAUCAGCAGGGUUGCAGAGUGGGCCAUUCAGAAACUGGAUCUGUCAGAGUAUGCCAGCCAAAGUGCUGGGACCUACAGCGGGGGCAACAAGAGAAAACUCUCCACAGCGAUCGCCAUGAUAGGCUGCCCUGCGCUGGUGCUACUGGAUGAGCCCACUACAGGCAUGGACCCUCUCUCCAGACGCUUCCUGUGGAACUCCAUCAUGAGUGUUAUUCAAGACGGACGUGCUGUGGUCCUCACCUCACAUAGUAUGGAGGAAUGUGAGGCGCUGUGUACCCGCUUAGCAAUUAUGGUUAAUGGAUCCUUUAAGUGUUUGGGAACUAUUCAGCAUCUGAAAUACAAGUUUGGUGACGGCUACGUGGUGACCAUGAAGAUAAGGGCAGCUAAACCUGGUUGUUCCCCAGACCUGACCCCUGCUGAAGCCUUCAUGGAGAGCACCUUCCCCGGCUGCAUACAGAGAGAGAAACACCACAACACUCUGCAGUACAAGAUUUCCUUCUCCUCCCUGGCUAAGAUCUUUCAAAUGGUCCUAGCUAACAAAGACAAGCUCAACAUAGAGGACUACUCAGUGUCCCAAACCACUCUUGACCAGGUUUUUGUGAAUUUCGCCAAGCAACAGUCUAGAGAGGACGAAGCUAUCGUGUUGCAUCCAAAAGCUGCUGGGGCACAGCGAUAUAUUGAAGCAAUACCCUUCAAGCCUUUGAAGAAGUGAACUUACUUUCAUGAGUUGAACUAGAGGACAAUGCUUUGGAGGAAUGAAAGUUGAACCUCCUUUUCAAAUAAAACAGUCAAAAGAAGAAUCUCUACAUUCUGCAGGGUCUGUUGGAGACAAGUGACUUAUGCCUUCAUAUUUGAGCAAAAAAAGGGUGUAUAUCACAUCAUUGGAGGGGCCUUUUGAGUGGGGCAGUCCUUGUUGAUCCAUUAUGUGGGGUUGGAUCUUGAAAAGCAGUUCGUGAUUGAAGCAGCCCUAUGUAGGACAUGAUCAUAUAUGUCAUAUUUGACUGUUGAUUUGACAUGUUGCAAUACUCUUAUUUUCCAGUAAUGCAGUAAAUCGGCUUUGGAAUUUGGAAAGUGUGGCACAUGUGCGUGCUUUAUGUUCCAAGUCUUGCUCACCUUGUAGGCCUUGCAAACUAAAAAACAGAACUUGAUCUGUAUAACAGGGUCCGUGACUUUGAUUGCUUACGUGUAAAAAAAAGUUCAAUAUCAUGUUGUGAUGGGAAUGUGGAGAAAGCAUGAAGGUUCCGUGUUUUUUUUUAAUUUGCUUUCAGACGCCAUAUUUUUUUUGCCUUCUACAGAUUUGCAGAAUAAGCACUCAGAAAAAUAUUCUUAGCACUUUAUUGAUGCAGCUUUAAUUGAAGCAUCAUAAUUAUUUUCAAGAUGUUCUGCUAGUGCAAUACAGCUAAUGCUUUCUUUUUUUUUUUUUU